AAAAACACCGGUAGCAGUUCUUAUGAACUUUAGACUUUGGACUUUGAACUUGGAUUGCAAAUCUGUACAUGCAGCCAACGGAUACAUGUGGAAGAACUGCACAGUUGUACUUUGGACAGAAUAAUAUCACAAUCAAGAUUGUCAAUCAUCGUUUUUAUCUGCAAAGAUACCAUUAAUUAAUAUCGGCGCAUGCGUGUAAAUCUGUCCACAUGUUGACUCCGAUCCUCCGUCGUGUCCUCUCGGCUGCUUUUUCCCAGAGAACUUAUUCCAAGAUCUCUUUUACUCGCCAUUCUCGACCUCGAAUAGAUUUGUCAAAACUUCAGUUCAGUGACUGUCGAAUUUUAGCGAUGGCUUAUUCAGUUGAACCCAGAGGUGCACCCAAUUCGCUCGACUACCGUCUGUUCUUCAGGAACAGCGAUGGUCAAGUGAUUUCACCAUUUCAUGACAUUCCACUAUAUGCUGAUAAAGAUAAGCAGAUAUUGAACAUGGUUGUGGAGGUACCACGAUGGACCAAUGCCAAGAUGGAGAUCGACACUGCAGCUCCCAUGAACCCCAUCAAGCAGGAUGUCAAGAAGGGCAAGUUACGAUACGUCAGGAACUGCUUCCCUCACCACGGUUACAUCUGGAACUAUGGUGCCUUCCCUCAGACAUGGGAGGAUCCUAAUCAUGAAGACGCUAGUACAAAGUGCAAAGGAGACAACGAUCCUCUGGAUGUCUGUGAAAUCGGGAGGAAGGUAGCGAAGAGAGGAAGUGUAAUUCAGGUGAAAGUUCUCGGAACUCUUGCUAUGAUUGAUGAAGGUGAAACUGACUGGAAGAUAUUUGCAAUUGAUGUGACUGACCCAUUAGCGAACGAGAUGAAUGACCUUGAGGAUGUUCGUAGGUUGAUGCCUGGAUUUCUGGAGGCUAGUGUGAACUGGUUCAAGAUCUACAAGGUCCCAGACGGAAAGCCCCUCAACAAAUUUGCUUUCAACGAUGAGCCUAAGAAUAGGGAGUUUGCCAUGGGUAUCAUUCAAGAGACGGCGAAGCAAUGGGAAAGUCUCAUCAACGGCCAGUCAGAUGCUGGCAAAUUAAGCUGUCAAAAUGUUACAGUGGAAUCUAGCAAGUACAAGGUGUCUCCCGCAGAAGCACAAUCAGCUUUUGACAACGCGGAACCUGUCGCAGAGGCUUUACCUUUGGAUCCAGAAGUGAACGACAACAACAAUUUUGUGAGCCUAACAGCUUGACUACGUGUCCCUCUUCAUCCCAAGAAAUGUGCCUCUUCAAACCUGUAGUCACAUUCUGUGUUGUCUACAAACCUUGGAAGGAGAAGUCUUUUAACAUGCACCAUGAAAGGAAUUGAUACCACUACAUAGCUGCAAGCAACCACCAUACCAUUCUAAUAUGGUGUCGGAGAUGCCAACGGUUACGGAAUAUUAAUCAGAUAAGAAAUUACAAUGUGAAUAACCAAACGGCUGAACCAAAUGUAUUCUUACGAGGCAAGUCAUGUUAACAAAAGUUUUUCGCUCAGUCAUUCAGUCGGGAUGUAAACACUGAAUUUACAUUAGAACACAUCUCAUUAAUAUUCCGUAAGGGUUGGCAACUCUGUGUGGUGUUGAGAGAAUUCGCAAGUCCAUUUCAAAUCUUGAUAUCAGUCAUAAUUUGUUCAAUUCAUUGUAUAUUUGCAAGUGAUUGCUGGUCACUUUUCUUGCAUCUACAGAAUAUAUAUUGGCGUGCUUUGGCUGAUUUUGAUCUAUCACUUGUAAAUUUGCAAGUGAAUUUUGAAAAUAAUUACAAUACUCCCUAAGUACACUUAUAUUUGACUGUAUUAUGGUUAUAUGCUGAACACACAAUCAUCUCUAUUGGUUUUGUAAUGUCAUAUUUGUUUGGAUUCUAUUUAUUUCAUUCCAAAGGUGUAAAUCUUAUGGUAUAUGUCAUCUAUCCUCUUCUUCUGUGUUUAGAUUGGGAAUAAAGUUACACAAUUGUGGGCCAUUCUUGGUCAUGUGUGUGACCGAACUUAUGACAAAUAUUGACUUAAGUAAAGUAUAAUUCUGAAAUUUGUAAAGAUUUAGUAAUUCAAAGGGAACAUUAAUAUGUUAAGCCAGCUAUCAUUUGGAAAUAUGUUUUGCUAUCUCCACUAUGCAGGUUCAAGGUCAGAGGUCAAGGGAAGUGGGUCACAUGUGUGACUUCACAUAGAUGCAUGAUUUUGACAUUUUAAUUUCGUUUUGAAAUUCCUGUGAUUUUAAAAAUGAAAUUUGACUUUUAAAGUCAUCAUAAUUAGUUAUAAAUCUCUAAUAAAAAAAAAAAUUUAUAAACUGAUUAAAGUCAAGAUUUGUCAUAAUUACGUUCACACACGUGACCAAGAAUGGCCCAAGUGCAUAGUAUGAUGAUAAAUGAUUGUGAGAUAAUUAUAUUUCAUAUAUGUCAUGAAAUUUGAAAACAGUGUAUUUAAAUCCUUCAAGGCACUGGCUAAGACUGAUUUUCCCCAGAUUUUAUGAAAAAAAGUGUUAUUCAGUAUUUUUACAUAUACUUGUGAAUACUUAUGGAUGCUUCUGAAUGCAGGCUUAACCUUAAAAGCGUUGAGGGCCCCCCCUCAACGCUUUGCGUGAUAUUUCCGAAAAAGACAGCGCCGCGAAAUCACUUUUUUCUUUGAGGUCUCGCACAACUUUUGAGAUCAAAUUUGCAACAUUCGGGUAUAGCGUCGCGACGCCACAUGACUUUUUGCAAGACAAUGUCAUGCCGAAAAUGGCUCGUUAUUAUACUUUGUGUACAAAGUCUAUGGGAGAUGAAAUCCAUAAAAGGGUGAUUAUUUUUCGUUCAAAUUGGUCUGCUUAAUUAAUUUAGGGUUUAAUGUAGUUGUUAAAUGGUCUGUAGUCAUUUCCAUUGAAAAAACAAUGAAAAACAAAAGAUGAAAAAACAAAGAAAUACUUAAGAAAUUCUAAAAACAAAGAUAUAGCUAAGGAAAAAAUUUGCUUUCCCAAUUUUUCUUUAUGGAAACCUUUGAAUUAGAUUACAAAGAUGACAUCUGGAAAAAAGAGAAAAUUUGAAGUGUAAUCGGGUGUUAAAUAUGCAAAUAAUAUUUUUCACAAAUAAAUUUGCAUAUUUUAUUCAUUAUUACUAAAAAAUAAUUGUUUUCAGAAAUUUUUUAUACUGGCUUGUAGUUUAUGUGGUAAAGAGUGUGCAUGCGAAAUUUUGGCGCGAAUGGCGGCCAAGAUCAGAAGGGGGGCCAUCAUGCCCCCCCCCCAUCCUUUUAGGGUUAAGCGUCUGUAUUCAGGUCAGAGACAAAUUCUGUCUCUUUGUUAACAUAAUAAAUGUUAGCCAAAUGAGAUUAGUGUAAUACUCGGAUCUUUAUCAGUCUCUUCAAUGAACUGGAUAAAUAUUUUGCAACAGUAACAUUACAAAACUAUAGAAGUAUUUGUCAUAUAAAACUUACAAUUUAUCAAUUUUGUGGAUAAUUUUUGGACAAAAUAUAUUAUUCAAGUACCGUAAUGAUUGACUAUCAUUUUCAUUCAUCCAAGUGGAAAGUUGCAUAGCUGAUUAAUAACUUAAGUGCAAACAGUUUUGUUAUACUUAAAUUAGUAUGCAAAUAUGAUCUAGGGUGUGUUGGAACAUAAUAUUUUCAUUAUCUUUCUUCAGAUAAUGUUUUGGUAUGGUAUAUCUAAAUGCAAUUGUUUGUAGUAUAUAUAUUAUAUAUAUUGUGUAUUCACAGUCGAUUCAUUCAGAAUCAAUCGCUGGCUGUAAGCAGUGUUGCAAAGCAUCAAUCUGGUUUGGAGUUUGGUUCUGUUACAUUUGUAUCGUUGAUUGAAUCCUUAUAAUAUAUUGUCCAUGUAAAUCUGUGUGUGGCAGGCUAGAAUAAUUAAUUGAAAUAUAAAGUGCUAAUAGUCUGACCUUGAA